AAGUCAUUCACUUGCCUUGCAGUUGCCCGUGUGACACUGUCUCUACUCCCCGUUUUCUUGAUCAAGAAAUUCAAGAUCGUUAAGUGGCUGCGAAAGAGUCUUAGGCGCCAGGAUGUUGACGAGAUUUUUAUGGUGAAGCGGGACAACGCUAUCCGUCGUAUUCGAAUAUUGAACAAGGCUUUGCUCGCCAUGUUCUUUACGCCUUUGGCAUUACUAUCGUUAACAAUCAUCGCGAGCACCGAGAAAACGCCCAUCACAGGACGUCAUCGUCUUAUUCUCUUAUCACCCGAGGAGGAAGAAACGAUCCACAGCCAGUUGACGGGAAACGGCUGGUAUGCCCAAGUGUAUGAUGUUUUGACCUCGCAAUCACCCGAUGGGAAGACUCCUCCCACCAUAAUUCCAACUUCGGACUGGCGUUGGAAAUGGGUUGAAGAAACUCUUCGCCGGCUGGAAAUAGGGAUAUAUCGCAUUUACCAGUCAAAUGAGCUCGACCAAGAUGCAAUCUUACUUCCCGUCACAGAAGACGACGAUGUACCCAUCCCUCCUCCAUUGCAUCACCCUCUGAACCCCCGUCCCAGGGCGUUUACUGUGGUUCAUGGCAUUCCUACGGACGAUCCCAACCGCUCCCACUCAGUCGAAAAUCCUCACACACAACUGGGACCUCCUUACUCUUUUGUGAUUGUCGAGAAUCCAGAGCGAAACGCGUUCUCUUAUGGAUUUGGUGCCGAAGGCGCUGGUGGGAUCGUUCUAUACUCUGGUUUUUUGGACGAAGUCCUCCAGCAAUCCCGUUCCGGUCAUCUGAUCCCGUCUCCUCAGGGGAAUCCCCCCUUUCUUCUCAGGCUUUUCGGCCUUUCGACGCCGCCCUCCCCCACUAUUUCACGGCCUAGCGGUGAACCUACCCCUGAGCAAACAGCCAGUCUCGCCACGCUUCUCUCACAUGAACUUGCUCACCUACUUCUUUCUCACCACCUCGAAACUCUGUCGUCCGGAACUAUCUUCGUACCUACAAUAACUUCGAUCGUGUUGGACUUUGCGCGGGUAAUUCUCUUCCCAAUCACUUUCCUUUUUGGACCUUUCGUCGGCGACGCUUUAACCGACUUUGGCAAAGUAGGCAUGGGCGAAGUUCGCAAACAAAGCGAAGCAUGUAGCAGUCACAUGCUUGAAUUAGAAGCGGACGAAGUGAGUAUCAGGCUGAUGAGAUAUGCAGGAUUCGAUCCGCGCAAAGCCGUAGAUUUCUGGGAACGCAAGCUGGACGAUUUCAGGGCUCUCGAUGCCGAUUCGAGCGUUGGGACGUCAAAUGUCUCUAGCCAGUAUUCGACGGAGUCUUUCUGGAGUCCCCAUCAUUCUGCUCUAGGCAGCGGCCCAACUAGCCACCCCGUUGGGAGUGAACGAGUUAGAAAGCUGAAAGCUGAGCUGCAGCGGUGGAGGAAUGAGGCGGAGAAGUCGAAACUGCGCUCAGAGUCACUCAAUGUGGAAGAGAAGAUUUAGCAUUGCUUUGCUUGAUUAUCAAUGUAUCACUGUAUCAAUUCUUUGCUAUCUAAGGAUCUCAUCAGGUUGCGAUCUCUGUAUAUAAACUUCCUUCAGGCCCCUUCUCAUGUAUUUUACUUGGAGCUCAUAAUGUAACAAUGAUGAUUCUGGGUUUCUGGCGUAAUAGUACAAGGAAUGCUUGAAGGAAUUUAGGAAUGAUUACAGCCCAUUAAGUGUUAAGAGAUAAAAGUUGCUUCAUUGAAGAGCGUGCCUUUGGCCGUGAUGGUCUUCUCGCCUUCACCUGAACCAUCAAUGACGGCUGCCGGAGCCGUGACUGUGAGUUCAGCAGGAUUCAACCACUAUAGAGGAGUG